AUGGGUGAAGACAUAGGGAUGGAGCCUGAGCUAUACCCAUGUGUUCCUACCCAUUCCCUUCCCCUAUUAAACGGGAAAACGACGUUUGUGGAUGCUCUUGAAGAGGAGGAGAAUAUGUUGGUUCGCCUGAGCUAUCCCAAACAGCGAUUCGAUUUCUUUGUUUUAAUCGUACAUCAUGAGAAAGACUUUCAGGAUGUCAUUGCGAACCAUCUAGGAUUGACAGGCGAUGAAACCUGUCGACUGGGUGAGGUUUCUGAAUGGAGGCAUGGCAGUUUCAAUGUGUGCGUGCCAGUAUAUGUUGAAAACUGGAAAACGCAUCCUGGAAAACGACUGAUAUUGAGGAUCCCUCUUCCAUAUAAAGCUGGCGAACUGACCUAUCCUGGAAAUGUAGAUGAGAAGAUACGCACAGAAGCGGCUACAUUUCUUUGGAUUCAGGAUCAUUGCCGCGAUAUUCCGAUUCCAUCUUUAUGGGGGUUCGGCUGCCCAGGUGGCCAAAGUUUUAUGAGGCUUGAAUAUGCAUCUUUUGUUGAAAAAGCGAAAUGGUACUUUCGACGGGUUCUAUCAACGUUGUUCGGAUUACCUAUUCCUUGCCGAUAUAUAUGCAAGACUCGUUCAGUGAUAUUAGACCAAGGUUACAUGAUUAUGGAUUACAUUGAACCAACAGAAGCAAGAAUGUUGUCCGAUACCUGGCCUGAUCUCCGCCUUAACCAUACCCUGAGAACCAAUCUUUUUCGGGGCCUUUCUCGGAUCAUUCUCUCUUUAAGCCAAAUCCAACUACCCAAAAUAGGCUCUUGGACAAUCAAUGAUCAAGGUUUUCUGACACUGACGAACCGGCCUCUGCUUCAUAAAUUUCACGCUUUAGAAAACGAAGCCAUCGAAACGUUAAUUCCAAGAGACCUCACAUAUGCGACUUCAGACACAUUCUAUUCGGAUAUUUUGGCCUGCCACGAUAGCCGCAUUUAUAAUCAACCAAAUAGCAUUCUUGAUGAAAAAGAUGGCCUUGGACAGAUGGCCAAUCUUUUUUGCAUGCGCGGUCUACUUUCUCAUUUCACCAGCCGCCGUUUGAGAAGCGGCCCUUUCGCUUUCAGCCUCACUGACCUGCAUGGCCCGAACAUAUUUGUGGACGAUGAUUGGAAUAUCAAAUACAUUAUUGACCUCGAGUGGGCCUGCUCUCUCCCAGUUGAGAUGCUUGCCCCUCCGCACUGGAUCACGGAUUGUGGUGUGGAUCAGCUUGAGGGAGACACACUUGAAACGUAUGCAAAUGCACACGCGGAGUUCACAAAGGUAUUUGAAGAAGAAGAGCAGAAAUGCUCUCCUUUCUGUGGAAGCAAAACCUACCGUACUGAUAUUAUGAGGAGCAAUUGGACCUCCGGAGCCUUUUGGUACUUUCAUGCGUUGAACAGCCUAAAAGGGUGCUUUAACUUAUUCCAGCAACACAUACAGCCGAGGUUCAACCAAGAUGUUAAUUACGAUGGCUUUAGUCAGGAAGUUUUCUGUUACUGGGCUCCUAACGCAAAGCAAGUUAUUGCCACAAAACUUGACGACAAAACGAAAUAUGAGCAAGGGCUACAGCAGCUAUUCGAUGAACAGAUUAAAAAUCCAAGUGUGGGUAAUCAGGAUUGA